UGGUGUCCCUUUAAGGCCAGAAAGAUGUGAACCCUCCCUGUGUGCAGACGUUGCUCUCUAGUGUUCGGUGCUGGAACUGCGCGUGCAGUCUCCGUCAUGGCGGCGCAGACCCGUGCUCUGGUCUCAGGUCAGUGGCUGAUAGAUGCAAUCAGAAACAACCUUGUUGGUCCCAAGCUUCGCAUUCUUGACACUUCUUGGUACCUGCCGAAAACAAAACGCGUCCCUAAAGAUGAGUUUGUCCAGAAACACAUACCGGGCUCGUCGUUUUUUGACAUAGACGAAUGCAGCGAUAAGAACUCAGCGUUUGAUCAUAUGCUCCCAACUUCCAGCUACUUCGCACAAUAUGUAGGAGAUCUCGGCAUCGGGAACGACACGCACGUUGUCGUGUACGACACCAGCAGCUUUGGCUCGUACAGCGCACCCCGGGUGUGGUGGAUGUUCCGGCUGUUCGGACACAGCUCGGUGUCGGUGCUGGACGGGGGGUUGAAAAACUGGCUUGCUGAAGAAUUCCCGGUGACUUCUGAGUACUCUAAGCCGGAGCGUAGAGAUUUCCGAGCGACCCUAAAUCAGUCAUGGGUGAAGAGCUAUGAAGAUAUUCUGGAGAACAUCAGAACCAAGCAGGUCCAGGUAGCGGACGCCAGGUCUGCUGGCAGAUUCAGGGGCACUGAGCCGGAGCCCAGAGACGACGUACUGCCCGGACAUUUUCCUGGAGCGGUCAGCAUGCCGUUCACAUCGUUCCUGGAUGCUUCUGGAAAGCAGCAUGGAACUGAGACCCUGGCCAAGCUUUUCAGUGAGGCAGGCGUGGACCUGGAGCAGCCGCUCUGGGCCUCCUGCGGUUCUGGUGUCACAGCGUGUCAUGUUGUUCUGGCUGCUCAUCGGCUUGGGCACCCCGGAGUUUGUGUUUACGAUGGUUCGUGGGGCGAGUGGUUUAAAAGGGCUUCUCCAGAGCACAUCAUUUCUGAGGGGGAGGGAAAGAAAGUGUGAUAUGAAGAGCUGUUUUCAAGGAAGGUGCAAAUGAGAUGAUGGCGGACAGUGCAUGCUACAGAUGGCUGUGUACAUGACAUUGUGAAAGUUAUGAAAAGAGGAGAACAGCAAGUUUCAAUAGUUGACAGAAACACUCAGUAGAGUUUAUGUGUGAUUGAUGCAGAUAGACUGACUUUUUAUUACAGCUCCACUGGUUUAGUUUCUGUUGAAUGCUGCUUUAGUUAUUUUUAUUUUCAUGUUACAGUAUAUUGAUAGUGAUCGCCACAUUUUUUUCCUCUUAAAUAUGAUUCAGGAUAUGCAGGAGAUGUAGGUUAAACUUGCAUAAAAACAAAAAUUUCCAAAUAUAAAAUACUGCAAGCUUAGACGUCAUGUUACAAAAAAAAGUAAACAUUGACUAGACUUUACUGGUUUAGUCCAGUCCCUGUUGUGGAUGUGAGCUGACAGUAUUUUUUCUGAGCAAAGUUCAUGUAUGUAGGUUGUGUUACAUCACUGUGACUACAUGUAGCAGUACAACACAUACUGCUGAAAUAAUGUGGGACCAUUUAUGCAGGGGUCCAUGUGUUGAGUUUGUCAGAAAAUUUGCCUUAAAUCUUAUUAAGCAUUUAAUAUUUUCAUUUGUAACAAACAAAUUCUUAUUUUUAUAAAUGAGCCAUUUAAAUGUUUAAGGUAUUCCCGUAACCACUUUUUGAUGUCAGAUGAUGUUUUGUUUCACUGGGGAAAGAUGGGGGAUAAAACAGGCGAGACCAGAAUUAACUACAGCAAGUUGAAAGGGUCAUUUUAAAGAAGCAGUGCUUGGGAUGAUUUAAACAUCUAUUCUAGGGGCACUGCAAAUAUUUGUUACAUUAAGUGAAUCCAUUAUUUCUGUCAUGAAUGGGCCACUCUUACCUACAAAACGUUAUGGUUACAAAAAGGGUGUAGCUUAACCAUUACAUUUGCUUAAAAAAAUAAUAAAUUGUUUUGCAAAGUUUUUUUUUUGUAACAUGUGUAUGUUAUUACCUUAUUUUUCCACUUUACACAAUAUUUGCUGACUACACUAUUAAAAACAUUGCUAC